CGAACCGAAACUACCACUUUCAUGUGGGUAUGAGCUCACCGAGAUGAGGCUGGCAUCUACAUGCCUACCUCCAGUGUAAAGCUCUGAGUAUAUUGAUUGAGAGGCUGGUGGUGCUGCCUUACUCCGGGGAGCGCGGAGCCAGUGGCUGCCUGUCCCGAGUGAAAUGCCAGAGACAGCAUCUCGCGUGGCACGCACGCGCGCUCGCACACACACACUCACACAUACACUCACUCACCCACACACCCACACACACACACGCUCACACGUACCCGCCGAGACUGUAAUAGCGGAUGGGACCUGAUUCCUGCUGGUUCCUGUUCUCUGCGAGUCUCUCUCUGCGUUCCUUGUGGAUUACUGACUGCAAAGGGCGGCACUUUCGUUCUGUGUUGUCGAGGGUGUGAGGUGCCAGCACCUCCGCUGCGACAAAUUGUUCAGACCCGAGGGGACCGUUCAGAGUCGAGGGUGGCGCUGACCACAAUGAGAUACCCAUCGCCAUUCUGAGUUUGUGUGCUCCAGUGUUCAGGAUGGGGAGGCAGAAUGGAAGGUCGAGGCAAAGGUUUAUUCUUGGGUCACAGCAGCCCACUUCAAGCUGAUGUCCCCCUGAUGCUGGGAGUAAAGACUCUGAAGUCGGAGGAAAUGGAGGAAAGCAGACUUAAUCUCCGCUGGCAUUUCGGGAGUAAAGACGACUGCGUCCCCAAGAUGCGUACACUUCGUCCACACAUUAUUUAUGGAUUUUUUUAGUUUAGCUUCCCCCCCUCUUCCAUCCCACAGAGACAUCAUUUUGGCAUUCUAUGUCAGGGAUUCUUGUAUAGAACUAUUUCGCAACAAGUCAAUGACAUUUUCCAGACCACAGCUUCAAACGAUGGAGGACCAUUAGGUUCUGCAAGUCGUCCAUUUUUUUUAUAAAUCUGUGGUUGGGAGAGUGGUGGUUGGCAAGCGGGCACUUCCUGAAUAUCGAUAUUAUAGAUAUGCAUGAGACAACAGCAGAAACUUGCCCAACGACCUGGGCGGGUGCACGACGACUGCAGGACCAGCCUGAGUCUGCGCCCGCGUGGAAUCGACCCUCGGUGCCAGUAAAUUGACAGGUGACACAUUGUCCUGCCAGACUUACUGCCAGACCUCGGUGUCGCAACCAGCUGUUUCCUCGCUGGCAACACUGCAGCGACAUGUCCGUGGUCGCCGGCGCUGGUGGUCAACGUGGCGUUGGACAUCGUCACCCGCUCGUCAGCAUACAUGACCUGGCGUGAGGCGGGGUCAGGCGCGGGUCGGGUGUGUGUGAAGAACAGUCUUCAUUCAUCUUUCAUGGAGCACCUACGUGUGCACGCACUGCUGCUGCCCACCUGAUCACCCGAUGAGUGUCACCUUUGCACUUCUCUGUGAUUCCUGUGAAACUUGGGUAAUGUACCCGAAGGACUGAGUGUGUUUCUUGUGUAGAUGCGAGCUCGACAGGAUUAAAAAAAACAACAACUGUGGAUUGUGACACGUGGGAUCACAGUGAAAGGAUGUGUGAUUCUUAUUCCACAAAGUUUAUCGUUUUAUAAAUCGCUGAAAUAACAUAGUUGCCUGAGUGUUCUGCCACUAAACGAUCAAGUUUGUGCCAAUAAUUAUUAGUAAAUCCUUUCUAUGUUUAAUUCAUUCCAGUGUGCACUUCACGAGUGUACUAGCUCUUCUCCGUUGUCAUGGCAACGCUUUUGAGUAUCAGUCAAGAGUAUUAAGAGGACGUGUGUACACAUUACUUACUACUGACUGAUCUCCCUUUGCCCUGUGAUAUGAGUUUUCACGUGUGAUUUUGUUGUUUGUGACUGGCGGAGGAGUGGCUCUCGUGUCUGGGUUCACCAGGUGCGUGUAGUUCAUCUACUGUUUGUUAUUGUAGCUCAGCAGCUUAGACAGGCUCAGUCAUGGAACACUCCGACAUCAAGCAGACGUGUCCAUCUCUGUGUGACUACUUCCUGUCAGCACCGGAUGGAACUACCCAACUUAAACUGCAGGUUCUCCUACUUCUCCAAGAUGUCACCUGAGCAGGAGGCGACAGACGGGGGCGAGAGCCUCAACUCCCAGGUGUCGUGGACUGAGCUGAAGCCCAUGAUGACACAGAUGGACCGUCUGCUGGAAGACCACUACCAUCCAAAGAACAGUCGCAAGGUUACCUUACAGGUGAAGGUUUACAACUUCCUGGAACGUCCAACUGGCUGGAAGUGCUUCAUCUAUCACUUCACUGUGUUCAUGAUGGUCCUCAUCUGCUUGAUCUUCAGUGUGCUGUCCACCAUAGAGCAGUACAUGGACUUUGCUAACGAAACGCUGUUUUGGAUGGAGAUCGUCUUGGUUGUGUUUUUCGGUCUGGAGUACGUCAUCCGCCUGUGGGCAGCGGGCUGCCGCAGCAAGUACAUGGGCCUGCGAGGCCGCUUCCGGUUCUCCCGGAAGCCCAUCUCCAUAAUUGAUUUUGCCGUCGUGCUUGCAUCUAUAGUUGUCCUGUCUGUGGGUUCCAACGGACAGGUGUUUGCCACCUCUGCCAUCAGAGGCGUUCGCUUCCUGCAGAUUCUGCGCAUGCUGCAUGUCGAUCGGCAGGGCGGCACGUGGCGCCUCCUGGGCUCCGUGGUGUAUAUACACAGACAGGAGCUGAUAACAACAUUGUACAUAGGAUUUCUAGGACUUAUCUUCUCCUCCUACUUUGUCUACCUGGCUGAGAAGGAGAACGGGGAGGACUUCACAAGCUAUGCAGAUGCCCUUUGGUGGGGUGUGAUAACCGUGACGACUAUCGGGUAUGGCGACACGGUACCCAAGACUUGGAUGGGAAGGAUCGUUGCUUCGUGUUUCUCUGUCUUCGCCAUCUCCUUCUUCGCUUUACCUGCGGGUAUCCUGGGCUCCGGCUUCGCUCUUAAAGUUCAACAGAAGCAGCGGCAGAAACACUUCAACAGACAGAUCCCAACUGCCGCUAAUUUGAUACAGUGUCUAUGGCGAUGCCAUGCCGCAGACCCAUCGUUCAAUUCAGUGGCGACAUGGAAAAUACACAUCCAGGAGAAAAAUCACAAAGUGACCAUGCCAUCUUCCAACUCAUCGUCCGCUCUGUCCCGGAUGGCCAGAAAAGCCAGUUUACUGAAAAAACGCAAGAUGGGGAGGAACACACCCCACCCGCUUGAAAGACAAGAAAGUAUGUCUUCACUCUCAGGGGUAGAGAACUCUAAGUACCCUGACAUGAUGGAGACCUUUCUGGAGGACGACACCGAUUAUAACAUCUACAAGCCAGAGCAGCUUACGGAAGCCCACAAGCUAAUGAUACGAGUCAUCAGGAAAAUAAAAUUUUUCGUAGCGAGGAGAAAAUUUCAGCAAGCUCGCAAACCUUACGAUGUACGGGAUGUGAUCGAACAGUAUUCCCAGGGCCACCUCAACAUGAUGGUCCGCAUCAAAGAGCUUCAGAGGAGACUGGACCAAACCAUCGGCAAGCCCAUGUACCAGGGCAACGCCAAGGACCGCGAGCGGCUGACGCUGUGCGCGCGAAUAGCUCGGGUGGAAAACCAGGUGAACAAGCUAGACAGCAAGAUGGACCAGGCCCUGAUACUGCUUAACAUCCUCAUCCAGCAAGGCGAGAUGAGGCAGAGAGAAAGCCAGGAGUCCCCAGACGCCUCCUAGCACCUGCCUGUCAAUAUAAACAAAAAAAUGUGUCUUCAGGUAUUGACCUGCUAGAAAAGGAAGCCACACGUCCAUGAAGACUAGCACUAGUCUGCUAAGAGCAAGAAAACCAGAAGUCCAUGGACCUCUUCAAGUACUGAGCCAGAGAUCCAGGGGUCUGUGGAGGUGUCCAGGUUGUAACCCAUGCCAGCCUCCCUCAAGCUUCAAGUACUCAUUUGCUAACAGCAGCAAAGCCAGGAGUCCAUAGAUGUUUGGUACACUAGUGCAUGGACUCAAGUCCAGAGUCAUCCCCUAGCCAGAUUAUCAGACCACAUGGACUUCUACAACCGUGGUCGACAGGAAGGCUGGAAUAUUUGCACACCCACCUGUACCGUUAGUAGGCUGUCAGGUCCAGUUGAGUAGCAUCCCGAUGGUGUAGCUCACAGAUAUUCUGCAAAGGAAUAUUUCUGGUCCUCAGCCUCCUGGUGUUCACAAGGCUUCAGUAAAAUUCUGUUUGUAGCUUCCUGCCACAAACACAGCAAUAAAUGUUUCUUGUGGUUCGGUUGGAAAAUGAACCAAUGCUCAUGACAUUCUGUGCUCCAGAAACGGCCAUUAGCUUAUCUCACCUAAUAGCUCUAGUUGACACUGUGAACAGAUUAUAAAAUAAAUAUUAAUCAAACGUGAUAAUAGACAACAUACUCCCGACAGAAUCCUGUGUCGUUUUCUGUCUCUGUCUUUCUCUCUUUCUUCCUUUUCUUCUUAAAGAAGUGUGUUAUUUCCUGCCCGCAUGUUCCUGUGAAAAUGUUAUCAACGGACAGACGUGGAUAGGUUCAGAGAGACUAUUCUGAAACUACAUUUUCAAUGUGUAUGCAACGAACAGUUCCUUCCGUUGUAAGAGGAUUUGCCACAAUCUACUUCUAACACGACUGGUGUGUCUUUGGUGGGUGGGUACGGCUCUCUUAGGAACUUGUAUGGUACAUGAGGUGACCUCUUGACCUUAGGGAUACAGUUUACAUGUAGUAGCAUUUAAAGCUUUCUAGAAUUCUCGCCUUUACCGUUUUUUCGAUUGUAUUGUACUAGAUUCUAUAAAAACUGGUGGCAGAAAAUCAGUGGCAGUCAGCAUGGAAAGGAGAGGCUCUCCGUGUAGACAUUGAAUAUUGUGACAACAAUCGGGAAGAACAGUGUUGCGUCGCUUACGGCGAGCAGACAAAAUAUUUUUAUUAAUCUUUAGUAACUACUGCCACUAUAUAGAUAUCUAGCAGCAGUCCAAAGGUAGGUAGCUCCCAUUAAUCGUGAAUAAUGUAUAUCGAAGAAAAGAAACCUGCAAUGAGAUGGUAGCAGUAGUCAAUCUAGAAGGUUAAGUCCUAAUGUUAAUUAUUUUAGUUGAUUGCUGAGAAUUAGCAUCUCAGUCAGUGCGACUGGCACCAGAACACUGCAUCGACUGUCAGCAAACAUUCUGCAAGGUGUCUCUCACUUCCUGGACAUGCGCACAUGUCAUUGUUCUGCACGGAAUGUCUACACCAGGUGGAGUGGUAGUCAUCCUGAGUUGAGGACACUACUUAGAUGAUCACAACAUCAGUAACAUGUGACUGGACCAGUACUUUGGCUGUCAUUAUAUAGUUGUCAUGCUAGCACCUAGAUUGAGAUAUGUGUGUCUGUAUUGACACCUUUUGGUGCAAGAUUCAUUCAGGUCAGGAUAUACUUUGUGAAUAUCAAGUCCACUGGUGCACUUCAGACAACUCUCCCAAAGUAAAAGUGAAACAAAGGCCGAUGUUCACAUCCAUGAACAAACAUUGGGUGUCACUGAGGUGACGGAGAACCUUGGGAUAUAAAGCAGGCAACACCACGUGAUUUAUGAAUAGUCCCAGACUUCAACUAUUGUUACUUCAGACAUUAGACCCGAGAUGACUGAGGCUGUUCAUGAUGUCCAAAAGUUCCUACAUUUGUAGUAGUACAAACCUAUUCUCCGACGAACCAAAUAAUCAGAUUUCAUACCAAGUCGUACGAUUAAACACAUUUUUUUACAUUAACUGAAAAGCUGUUUAAAUUCUUCGUCAAGUUUUUAUUUGUGAAGUUGACUGAAUCCACUUUGACUGUUGCGAAUUACGAGUAUUACACUCUUGCAUACCCGCAAUACGGAGAUUGUUGAUGGCUUAAGAACAAUAAUCGUUAACAGAGGUAUUACAUCUAUAACAGAUUUUCAGGCCAGUAAUUGCAUACCAUAUGCGAUUCCGAGUAAAAAAAAUUAUGGAAACUUUAUCACAGUGACGAGCUCAGACAAAAGUCUUGGACGAGAAAGUCCUGCAAUGGAUUCUAGCUCCUCGUGAGAGUCCAGGGAACAAGGAAACCAAAACCAGGGACAAAAGAACAACAGGCAGAAAAAUGUGAGAAAAAAUCCUUAAAAAGAAUAGCUAGAACAAAUGAUACAGAGGGUGAAGCCGAUGGUGUCCUUAGUAACCCAAGUCUGUGACUAGAACAUCAACACAGGGACAAGGUCUGUAGAACUGCGCUGAAGAUCAUACAGACAGACAGGACAGGACAUGGUGUGGUCUGUGGUCUACAGACAACAAACUUUAAUAGAGCUCUACCACAGAGAGGAGAAGAGACUUUGAAACUUAUUGUAUCCCUUUCUAAAGUCAACGAGAAGGGAAAAAACGAAUAAGGGUACAAUGGUUUCGGAGAUUUAUUUUUUGGCCAGUCUGAAACUGUUUGUACGGCUCUUCUUUUCUGCCAAUCAUAAAGCACCUAACUGUUUAUCUAGUGUGGGUUGGCACUGUGUGUUUCCCAUAUUCAGGAUUUCUGUUACAAUUAUUCAUUGAAGCUGCUGGAGCAAGAGGGUACCCUGGAGGGUACAGCUGAAUGAACCCACUUUCAGAGGGACUUGUGACUGAGGACAAGCAAAUUUCGGUGAAUGCUAUCAAAAGCAGAUUUUGUGAUCAAGGCCAGGCGCUGAACUCUUGGCAUUUGUUGAACCACACCUGAAAUUCCCCAAAACGUGGUCCCCAGGCUGUGAACAUUUGUCACACAUGGUAAUUAUUCAACAUACUUUUAAUUGUACCAGACUCAUCAAAAAUCCAAAAAGGGGUUCAAGAACUGUUUAUUUCGAUUUGCUUGUUUGUUUAUGUAUUUAUUUAUGACAGCUUAUACAAAAAUUAUUUGAAAAACAACUUAAUGUAUUUACUCACCACAAAUGGGUUUAUUGAAAAUAAUCUGUGCACAAAAUAAAAUAUAGAUACUGUAUUUGAACAGCUUAAAAAGCACGGAGAACUUAUUAGAAUGUAACACUUGUAUCAAAUUCAUAAGUGCAUUAUUUGGCACAUGAGUGAGUAUUAUGUCGCAUUUACCUGGCCAAUCAUUGUGUCAGAAAUUUUAUUGUUAAACGAUCGACGAAUGUAAACACAUUCUAGAUGCUAUAGUUCUGUGUAACACCAUAGUGACGAGAAACAUUGCCGUAGCACAAGCAUCUAGACAAAAGAAAAUAAAUAAACAUUUUCACAAAACAGCACAGUUUCCAUCAAUAAGUAAGUCACCCACGUGUCAUACUUGACCAUUUUUUAAUUACAGACUUUUCUUUUAACAAUGUGAACUUAAUUGUUUGCUACACAUAAGAGGAAUAACAAAAGCAUUUCAUAUUUUAUUGUCCGUGUUUUCCUCGCGGGAAAUUUCAUUGUUUCAUUUUGAAGUUAAGCUUCACUCAUCUGUCUGUAACAAAGCCACACGAGAUUAUGAUAGAAAAUAUUACUACUGCAGAUGGAGGUAAAAUGAGUGUAUGAAUAUUGUAAAAAAAAAAGAAGUAUAUGAUUUAAUAUGUAUUUAAUAUACUUAUACUUAUAGCGGACUUUAGUUUAGUCGUUUUCCUAAAAUCAGAUUAUAAUGUUAGCAUAUUUCGAGUACAUUCGAUGGACCUCCAGCAUGUCUGACCAGAAAGAUCAAAUGCACAGGUCGGGUACUCACCACGACUGACUGUAGAAGCUUCUCUCACGAUGCCUUCAACUUUUUAAGUUCAGCCAGUCAGCUCCUUAAAACUGAAAAAAAAAAUUAUAUACUUCUCCGUCGUCUUUAUUUGUCUUCUGAUGAUUUUGUGGAUUUCGUUUGAAGAUUAUGAAUGUGUGUCUUUUAUACCUCAACCGUCGGUCUCAAAUCUCUAAAAAGAAAGUGGGUCUGCCUGUCCAUCCUUUCUUUACCUUAUUUAUCUGAAAGUGUCUAAUGUUUAAAGACUCACAGGAAUAAAAAUCCUUUUGUUUUCAAACAAAGGAGUUAACAACCUUCACAGAAAAAUGUCUAAUUGGAAUCCAUGUGAUGGGACUAGUGAGAGGGUACCCACGUUCUUGCAUGGAUUUGAUCUUUUCCUGUUGAUACCUAGAUUGUGAGAACCACAUCUUUUAAGGAACUUAGCCCUGUCAUUAAAAAUCUUCACCCAAGUGGGUCUUUAAGGAAUCAGUAAGCAUGCCACUGAGUACAAACUGUCUCGAUGGUGUUCUCCAUGUUUCAUGUCUUACGGAGUCCGAAACAUUCCGUGGUCAUUACCUUGUGUGCAUGAAGAUUGCAGGUGUGACCAUUGUGCACAUGGAAACUUGUUGCACUAUUUCAUGGUGACCUUUGAUCCCUGGCUGCAGAAUAUAAACUUGUAUACAUACAUUCCAAUUGGAAAGCGUUUCAGUUUUUACGUUUUGUUUGUUUGUGCACUUUUUGGUCUGUUUGUACUUUGAACUAACGAGCACUUUGAAAAUGGCAUGGACUGACUGCAUUUGUUACCUGCAUCAUAGCACAAUUAAACCAUGACAACCCUGUGCCUAUAAUCAGAUACUCCUCAUCCAAAA